AUGGCGAAAUCGGGCAAACCCAAGGACCGUCAGCCCCCGGCAGCGGGGCAGGGGGGGGCUAGCACGGCGCCCGUCGGGCAACCCGCUCGCUGGGUUCGAAUCGCCGUUAGCUUUGCCGUUGUCUGGCAUCUCUUCGCUGUCUUUAUCUCGCCGCUGGCGAUCGAGCCGACGUCCAUUCUCGUGUCGCGUAUCGGGACCUCGCCCUACGUGCGCUGGUACUCCGACUCGCUCUAUCUCAAUCAGGGCUACCACUUCUUCGGCCCCGACCCGCCGCGCAAUCACGUGCUGCGCUACACGGUCACCGAUGAAGCGGGCGCCGUUGUUGCUGAGGGUUCGCUCCCCAACAAAACGGCGCAGCGGCCGCGGCUCUAUUACCACCGCCAUAUGAUGCUCGCCGACCAGGCGGGCAAUGGUCCGCCCGACAUCAAUCCCGAUGAGUGGCUGCGACUGAUGCUGCGCGGGUAUGCGAGGCAGUUGUUGCGAGCCAAUGGCGGCGCCCGCGCCACGAUCGAGUGCGUGAUCCACAAUCCCUUGCCGCCACGCGCUGUGCUGGAGGGCGUUGAUCCGAACGCCCCGGAGAUGUUUCAAACGAUCACUCGAGUUGAAGAGACCGCGGCGUCGCUCGAAGAGCCGCUGCCCGUCCCGGCGCCACCGGAACGCGAACCGCAAACGACGUACUUCGUCGAUCUCGCCGCGGCGUGGGACGACUUCUGGUUUCGGCCCGCGGACCCGGCGGUGCUGUCGGCGAUCCGCGUCGUGACCGGCUUGCUGCUCUUCUGGACGCACCUUGUAUGGUCCUUUGGCCUCAUGGCGUUCUUCGGCUCCGAAGGAUGGGUCCCGCCAGAGCUACACGAGCGGAUGACCGAUCCGCGGAUCGGCGUCAAUUUCUUCGACUUCUUGCAGGCGCCGUGGGCCGUUUGGACGUUCCAUGUGAUGAGCCUGAUUGUCUUCUUCCUGCUGACGAUCGGGCUUUUCAGCCGGACGGUCGCGGUCUGGUCGUUCUUGGCGGCGCUGAGCUAUGCGCUGCACGUCACGCCGGGGGCGUUUUUCGGCCUCGACAAGAUCAACUGCUUCUUGGCGAUGUACGUGAUGCUCGGCCCGUGCGGCGCGCGGUACAGCGUGGAUCGCCUGCUGCGGAUACGGCGCGGCGUCGAGGACGCCGACCCCGAUUACGUCGAUGAGUCGUGGACGGCGAACCUCGCCUUGCGGCUCAUCCAGCUGCACCUCUGCGUGAUCUACCUCUUCGGCGGCUUCGGCAAGCUGCAGGGCCGUAUGUGGUGGACAGGCGAGUCGAUCUGGAUGUCGGUCGCCAACGUCGAGUACCGCUCGCUCGACAUGACGUGGCUCGCCGGGCACCUGCGGAUGGCGGAGCUGCUCGCCCACGGCACCGUCUUCUUCGAGCUGUUCUACUGCUGCCUGAUCUGGAGCCGCUGGGCCCGGCCGUGGGUGCUGCUCACGGCGGUCGGCGUGCACGCGUUCAUCGGCCUGGCGAUGGGAAUGCCCGAGUUUGCUUUGGCGAUGCUCACGAUGAACGCCGCGUUCCUGCCGGUCGCUUUGGUGCGGGGUGUGCUCGACCCCAUCAGCAAACGG